AUGGCUUCCUCGUCAACGACCGUGGAGGUGUUUGAAGACGUUGGGUCCAGCGACAGGACCGACCAGGAGCUCGAGCUUGAGCUCCAACUCGAAACCGAAACUGCGGCCCCAGCCGCACCAAGUGCUGACCUCCACAGCGCCGCCAAUCCUGUCGCUCCUGCGCCCGCGCCCGCGCCCGCGCCCGCGCCCGCGCAGCCCAGCGACAGCGACAGCGACAGCGACAGCGACGGCCACGGCCACGGCGACAACGAGGACGAGCACGAGGGCGAGCACGACGAGCAGCCUCACGACAGCCCCCGCCAGGGUGAGCAAUCAACCGUAGACACUCACAAGCAGCCACCACCAUCCGGGUCUUCUGCAGUGCAUGCACACCGCGUCAAUCACAAUUCGUCCAAAUUGCCUGCUUUCCGUCUCAGCGACCGCACCAGGGCCUCGCUGCCUCUUCCCGGUUUGCUACAGCGGGACAGCAAGCAACAUCCCCCCUCAUCUGCAGGGUUGUUACAGUCCCCACAGCACCAAGACGACCGCCGCAAGACCACAAAUCCAGCGCUAGAAGCAGAAAAUAGGCCUACUAGCAGUGCUACUGCUGACGAUACUACCGAUGCACAACAUCACCACCACCACCACCACCACAACAACAACCACCUGCAUCAACCCGUGCCCGUGUCUGCGUCCGAACCCUAUCCUCCUUCUGACCAGCAAUCCUCACCCGGCACGCCCCAUUCACCCGCGACCUCGAGACAAAAACACAGCCCGGCACGAUCACGGGCUAGCACCUACCAGACUGCCUCACCCUCCACCCCUUUCACCCCAACUGCCGCCAAGCGACCCGCUUCAUUUCCAGUUGACAAGAGUCCUGGUGACGCCCUCGCUUCUCAAUCGCCCACCGACGAAUCCCCCUCCUUUUGGACGCCAGCAACGCGACCGCGCUCGCAGUCCAUUAACGUCACUCCCAUAUCCAACAACGCCACCUCCCCGCCCACAAAACAACAGUCACAAGGCGUGCACACACCCGAGACUCCGUCAAAGGAGUGGGCUCACGAUCAGCGAGCCCUCUUAUCGCCUGCGGUAGUCAACGGCGACAAUCUCCAUGACAGCCAAGCUGAACGGCGGAGAACAUCUACUUCACGACCACCAGUGUCAUACAAACCACCGCAAUCCUCAUCAACCCCCGGUCGCCCUGUCAUCCCUCCUAUCCGCUCAUUUCGCUCGUCAGGCUCGCGCAAGAGCCUCCAGCUCGACAUGAAUCAUUCUUACCACCGCUCCUAUGAUGGUGGCCACGACUUUAGAGACUCCAACCAUAGGGACCAGUCGCUGCGGGCGCUCGAAGGACGCAAUAGCGGCGACUGGCCACGAGAGUCGGCCCCAGAUGCGGACGAUGAAGUCACGGCGACCAUCGAAAGCGAGAACACUGCCGACAUCUUCAUGAGAAUCGCACAUGAAGACCCCUCAUCAUCCUCCCGACCAAAGAAUGACGGUCGCGACGAGGAUGAUCGCGGCAGCACAGUGUCUCGGGUCGCGCGAAACGGGCGACAACGGCCGCUUUCUACUGUAAUCCCUUCAUCAUUCCAGAACACUACGUCCCCACCUCGGGUUUCACGGCGCCUCUCGGACCAGCAAGACAGGGCGUCCCGCAUGAGGCGAACGACGGAGGAUCAGUCGGUACAGCGCACCGAGAGGGAAGCGCCCUACCGAGGCAACACCACCGAGAGGCCUUCUCUAAGUCUCGAUUCCACCCGAGCUCGGUCUACAGUAUCGUCCCUGAGACCGUCGCCGAUAACCCCUCGGACAUACGGUGGCCUCGACAAUACCGUUGAAGGCAGCUCCAUAUUUGCUCGGCGACCGGCGACUUCUGAGCAUUCUCGGACGUCCUCUCACAGGCAGCCCAGCGGUCUCUCCAAAUCAUUCCAAUCCUCUCCUCUUGUCCCAAAGAGUAGCGAGUCUCAACAUCCAGGGGCGCCCCACCAUGAUGCGUCCGAGUCAUCAAACUCAACCGCUGCGCCUUCGACAGUCUGGGAUGAGCUCGAUGAGCUAAAGUCCCGUAUUCACCGGCUAGAGUUGACCGGAAAGCUGCCGAGGACAUCAGGCGCCGCCAUGUCGAGAGCUUCUGAAGAAAGGCCUCCUACGGCGGGGACUGGCGCGACUACGGUGUCUGGCUCGCCAAAGCGCGCCGAGGCGACCGGGGUUGCAAAGACGGAAAUUCUGAGCAUCACCUCCUCGCACCGGGAUUCGCAGCCAAUCUUGAAAUCAGCCCUCUCCAAGACAAAGCCAUUCGUGACUUCUGACGUUUAUAGCGCUGUUGAGGCGGCCACUAACGAUGCGAUGUCACUGUCCCAGAUGAUGGGCAUUGUCGGGCAGCCAGGGCCAAUUUCAAGUGGUGCAAGCACUAUCGGGGGAAGCGGCCAAGCUACUGUUACAGACAGGCUAUUACGGAAGAAGGUAGACAGCAUGUGUCGGAAUCUUACCGAGUUGUGCCUUGCCUUGACAGAAGAGGGCAGCCAGCGCAAGGCCGCACCCCAGCAAUCAAAGCCGGAAACUCGAGAAAAAGCACGGCCAAAGGAGCAGCAACAGCAACAGGAGCAGCUUAUUAGUCCACCGCCCAUCAAGGUCUUUACUGGUGCACCGCGGCGGGACACUUCUCAACCCGAUGAGCCUGUUCCGAGUGUUGAGAAUAGCAUCAGCCCUCGCGCAACUAGGUUGGAGAAGCGGGCCACUUUCAAUUUCACUACGCCAUCUGUCCCAAGCCCUAGGUACGCACCGAGUGCUUUGGGUGGGGAAGCCACAACACCUGGACGGAAGUCCUCUCUUGUUGUGGCCCGAACACGCCGGGGUGUCACAGAGGAUCCCGAUGACCAAGGCAGGAAGACGUCGCUCCUUCGGACCAGGCGGGCGGGCACUGAUGAGCCCGAAGAAGGACGCAAGACCUCUUUGCUCCUGCCUCCGCGUCGUGUAACCACGAUCGCCCGCGGCAGCAAUAUUGAUGAUGAGCCAGAAUCCCGGUUCAGAGCGCCAUCUAGGGCUAUCACGGAAGUUUCCGGCCUGAGGGUCGAUGUACCUCCACGAGAUCAAGACCUAACGCGAGGCUCUUUUCAGAUGCAAGAACCGACAUCCGCCAGCUCGGCCUUGCCUCGGCGCCGUUUGAUCACAUCGAACCUGCCGUCUGCAAGUGUUGCAUCAUCUCGUUACGCGACCCCUACAACACCCAGCUCCCGUCGGUUUUUGGGUGCUGAUCGGUUCGCACAGGAUAGGGGGGACAGAUUCGACAGGGCAGACAGCAACACUGUCGCAGAAAGACUGGCCGAAGAGCGAGGACAGCGACAGUACUCGCUUGGUCAGUCGAAUGGUUCAGUGGUUGGCCGCGACACUAGCAUCAACCGCAAACGACACAGUGGGAUUCCCAGCAUCUCUGGGACUGCCUCCAAUUUUGGUGGUUACAGAUAA